GCGGAAGUAUAGAAUGAAUAGGAGUGACCAGGAAGUGCGAACCCAGACUGAGAAGGAGGACAGGAGCGGGCUGGCGAUCUGGGAAGCUUCACUUCAGGGGUGCCCCCGGGGCGAGCAGGGAGUUUAGGUCCCAUCUCACACUACGGAUGCUUAAAGGCCUCCGGUCCCUUUCCAGGGAGAGGGAAAUGAGACUUCUCCAUCCAGGCUUGAGCUAACAUCUCGACAUGUGGAAUCCUAAUGCUGGACCGAAUCCAUAUCCACCCCAAGUUGUGUGCCCAGGAGGUUCCAAUCCUGCCUGUCCACCACCUCUCAAUCCUGCCUUUCCCCCUGGCCCCUGUCCUCCCGGAAUUCCCCAGGGAAACCCAGCUUUCCCUCCGUGUCGUCCCCCUUAUCCUGUACCACAACCAGGGUGUCCAGGAUACCAACCCUCAGGUCCCUACCCUCCCCCAUACCCACCACCUGCUCCUGGCAUGUGCCCCGUGAAUCCUCCGGCUCCUGGCAUGGUGGGUCCCGGAAUCGUGAUAGACAAGAAGACUCGGAAGAAAAUGAAGAAAGCUCAUAAGAAGUCGCACAAGCAUCACAAGCACGGGAAGCACUCCUCCUCUUCCUCCUCCUCUUCCAGCAGUGACUCUGACUGAACGCAGGGCCUGGAGCCUCCUCCCCUCCAGCCUCACCAGCUCCACUCUCCCACCAAGCUUCAGCUGUCAUCCUCGUACGGAGUGAGGGGCAUUAGCCCUCUGCUCCCUGCCCCACUCCUACCUGUGCCUUCCCCUGCUGUUCUGUCCCGGCUGUCAAGGGCUAGCUAGCAAAAGCAAAGCGGCCUUCUUGAUCUGAUCGUAGCUGAUGAGGUCAGUGGGGGGAACUGUCUUUUGAAGAUGGCAAGACCUCUGAGCUAAAUGGGGAGCACCAUUUUAAGAUCUGCACCAUGUGAUUUUUUUUUUUCUUCCACUUUCUUUUGUAACACUUGUGACUUGGGUUUGUGACAGUUUGUGAUGAAAAACCUCUACUUUUGUAAUGGCGGCACAUGAGAGUGAUUUAAUGGCAACUGUGUUCCCGGCAGGGCUUUUGGAUCUCAGUAACUGUCGAGCUGCUGGAAAGUGCAGUCUCUUUACUUGGUGAGCUCUUUUGGGACCCGACUUAUUCCUUAGUUCAGUAUGUUAUCUUUGAUGGCUCUAAGUCCAAAUAAAAGUUCUUCUUCCAGGUUCUACUCACCUGUGCCAUUACCUUGA